GGUGUGUGUGGCUGCUGCGGUGCCCUGCGCCCCAGGUACAAACGGCUGGUUGACAACAUCUUCCCUGAAGAUCCCGAGGAUGGCCUGGUGAAGACCAACAUGGAGAAGCUGACCUUCUACGCUCUCUCAGCUCCAGAGAAGCUCGAUCGGAUUGGAGCCUACCUCUCUGAGAGGCUCAUCCGUGAUGUGGGUCGUCAUCGAUAUGGGUACGUGUGCAUCGCCAUGGAGGCGCUGGACCAGCUGCUCAUGGCCUGCCACUGCCAGAGCAUCAACCUCUUUGUGGAGAGUUUCCUCAAGAUGGUGGCCAAGCUGCUGGAGUCGGAGAAGCCCAACCUGCAGAUCCUCGGCACCAACUCAUUCGUGAAGUUUGCCAACAUCGAGGAGGACACCCCAUCCUAUCAUCGGAGCUAUGACUUCUUUGUGUCCCGCUUCAGUGAAAUGUGCCACUCCAGCCACGAUGACUUGGAAAUCAAGACUAAAAUCCGAAUGUCAGGCAUCAAAGGUCUGCAGGGGGUGGUGAGGAAGACGGUGAAUGAUGAACUGCAAGCCAAUAUCUGGGACCCACAGCACAUGGACAAGAUUGUCCCAUCUCUGCUUUUCAACCUGCAGCAUGUGGAGGAGGCAGAGAGCCGGUCCCCCUCGCCCCUCCAAGCUCCAGAGAAGGAAAAGGAGAACCCUGCAGAGCUGGCCGAGAGGUGCCUUCGGGAACUGCUGGGCCGGGCUGCCUUUGGCAACAUCAAAAAUGCCAUCAAGCCUGUUCUCAUACAUCUGGAUAACCACUCUCUCUGGGAACCAAAGGUGUUCGCCAUCCGUUGCUUUAAAAUCAUCAUGUACUCAAUUCAGCCGCAGCACUCCCACCUGGUUAUCCAGCAGCUCCUGAGCCACCUGGAUGCCAACAGCCGCAGCGCGGCCACGGUGCGGGCGGGCAUCGUGGAAGUCCUGUCGGAAGCCGCGGUCAUCGCCGCCACCGGCUCCGUGGGGCCCACGGUGCUGGAGAUGUUCAACACUCUGCUGCGGCAGCUGCGGCUCAGCAUCGACUACGCGCUGACCGGGAGCUACGACGGGGCGGUCAGCCUGGGCACCAAGAUCAUCAAGGAGCACGAAGAGCGCAUGUUCCAGGAGGCUGUCAUCAAGACCAUAGGCUCCUUUGCCAGCACGCUGCCCACUUAUCAGCGCUCCGAGGUCAUCCUCUUCAUCAUGAGCAAGGUCCCACUGCCUUCCCUGCAUCACCCCAUGGAGACAGGGAGGACAGGGGAGAAUAGGAACCGGCUGACCCAGAUUAUGCUGCUGAAAUCCCUCCUUCAGGUGUCCACAGGUUUCCAGUGCAACAACAUGAUGUCAGCCCUGCCCAGCAACUUCCUUGACCGCCUUCUCUCCACCGCCCUCAUGGAGGACUCAGAGAUCCGUCUCUUCGUUCUAGAGAUUCUCAUCAGUUUCAUUGAUCGUCACGGCAACCGCCACAAAUUCUCUUCCAUCAGUACCCUCAGUGACAUCUCUGUCUUGAAACUGAAAGUGGACAAGUGCUCCCGGCAGGACACCGUCUUCAUGAAAAAGCACUCCCAGCAGCUCUACAGACACAUCUACCUGAGCUGUAAGGAGGAAACGAACAUCCAGAAGCACUACGAGGCGCUGUACAGCUUGCUGGCGCUGACCAGCAUCGAGCUAGCCAACGAGGAGGUGGUGGUAGACCUCAUCCGCCUGGUGCUGGCUGUUCAGGACUUGGCCCAGGUCAAUGAAGAGAACCUGCCUGUGUAUAACCGCUGUGCCCUCUACGCGCUGGGUGCGGCCUACCUGAACCUCAUCAGCCAGCUCACGACGGUGCCUGCCUUUUGCCAGCACAUCCACGAGGUGAUAGAGACCAGGAAGAAAGAGGCUCCAUACAUGCUCCCUGAAGACGUGUUUGUGGAGAGGCCCAGGCUGUCUCAGAAUCUUGACGGAGUGGUGGUGGAGUUCCUCUUCCGCCAGAGCAAGAUCAGUGAGGUCCUGGGGGGCAGUGGCUACAAUUCAGACCGGCUAGGCCUGCCCUACAUCCCUCAGCUGACAGAUGAGGAUCGUUUAUCCAAGAGGAAGAGCAUCGGAGAAACCAUCUCCCUGCAAGUGGAGGUAGAAUCCAGGAACAGCCCUGAGAAGGAGGAGCGAGUGCCGGCUGAGGAGAUCACCUAUGAGACGCUAAAGAAGGCCAUAGUGGACAGCGUGGCAGUCGAGGAGCAGGAGCGUGAGCGGCGGCGGCAGGUAGUGGAGAAGUUCCAGAAGGCUCCCUUUGAGGAGAUCGCAGCGCACUGUGGGGCCCGGGCAUCACUGCUGCAGAGCAAACUCAAUCAGAUCUUUGAAAUCACCAUUCGGCCCCCGCCAAGCCCAUCAGGAACCAUCACCGCAGCCUACGGCCAGCCUCAGAACCACUCCAUCCCCGUCUACGAGAUGAAGUUUCCGGAUCUGUGCGUAUACUGAAUUCCGAGAGAUGGAGCUCCUUGGAGGGGUGGGGUCUGAGGGAGGGGCUCACCCUCGCCCCCACCCCUAUUACGUGGAAAUCUAACUGGGAUCUCAGAAAAGGUCACGUGGAUGGCAGCACCUCCCCAGCUAAGCAAGGUGGAGCCUCGGGCCCUCCCACUUCCCUUUUGUCUUCCCUGAGGGGAUCAGGCACCUGCUCUUCUGGGACCAAUAAGCCUCUCACCUGCAUCCUUUGUCUCCUCCUUUGUGUCAGCCAGGGGCCAAGAAUCACAGGGGAGGUGGGAUACCAGAGAAAGACUGAGGUUCUGAGAAGCUCCUGCUUGGUGUAACAAGUGAAAAGCUUUCAUGGGGGUGGGUCUGGGGGACACAGCUGCUGUUCCCCCAGGAGGGAACUAGAUGGAGACACAGUUGGUCAAAGGAAGCAUAGACUGCAAUCGGGAGGAAGCGGUGGCUGCAGGACCUGGGCGAUGGGGCAGCUGCUCUCCAGAGCGUCCCCUCCCUCUGGUCCGGAGGCCUGCAAGUGUCCAGUGUCUCUUCCACAAUCCUGCUCACCCUGCCAACUGUCUCUCUGUAGUUCUUUCUAUUAAUUAAUCUUGAGCCCUUGUAACAGGAGGUGGGGUAGAGACACCACGGAGCGGGGGGCAGCGAAGGAUGAAGUGAAGGGCAGGCCGCUGCUGGUGGAGGGGCUGGCUCUCCCCAGGCUGGGCCUGCCUCCUGUAGAGGAGCAGUAGGCAGAAGUGGGCAAGUCUACGUCCCUCUGUAGCAUCUUCUCUCCUCCUUUGUUCAGAGGGAGCUUCUCGGCCCUCCCAUGGCUCUCUCACUUCUGGAUGUUUCUCUGAACUGAGCUCUUUCUCUUUGAUGCCUUUCUUCCUGGGGAUCCCAGCAUGUUUUGACAGCCUCUGGGCUGAGAGAGGGCAGAACGAGAUAAUCUGGUUCUAGAUGACCCAAAAGGAGGCCUGUCCACAUCACCUCCUCUGAAAGAGGCUCCUGGACUGGCCGGGCUGGGUUGGUCAGGUGAGGAGAUGGGGAGUGAUGAAGGGGGGGGCAGGGCAUAGCACUUUGGGACUCAAGGAUGUUAGAAGUCAACCUUCUGGGUGUUUUGUUUGAGGAAAGAAAGCCCCAAACCCUGAUAUUGGAAUGAUUUCUUCACUAUUUGGACAAAGUCUGGACAUCAGUGCCAAGUUACAAAGCUUGAGGCCUGGACAGAGUGACGGAGACCCCUUGGGGUUCUGCAUUUUCCCUGAGUCUGUGUGCAAAAGCGGAUCCAGGAGGCCCUUUUCUGCGUGCUUCAUUCCCCUUUCUCAUCCCCCUCCAGGGGACUUUUUGCCUCCAGAGCCGCCUCUGACAGAGCCUUUCCUGGGUCUCCUCCUGUGACAGCACCUAUGGCCCCAAAUUGUUCUUUUCUUCUGUUCCAGUGAAACUUCCCAUAACUUUACUGAGCUGAUUUAGCUCACAGCAAGGUAUGAAUGGCCAAAUGAUUCUUACCUGGAGAAUUUGUUUUUUAAAAGGAGGGAGAGUGAGUAGAUUUCUUGACCCAAAGAAAUCCCUUUUAGGGUACAAUUUUAGGCAGUGUGGGGUGAGGUCAGAAGCAAGCUGUUUCUGCUAAGGGGAUGGCAGGCUUUUUGGGACACCGUUGGGUCACACCCCUGCAUGACCCUGUACAGAUGCACAGUGAUUAUUAGGACAGAUAGGUGCAUUUUCCCAAACCGAGAGAACUUUAACAUAUGCAUUUCCCAUCACAUGUGCAGUGGUGUCUUGGGUAGGAAGCCGUCUGACCCUUGUUCCUGUAGUUUCCCUGCUUGGUCGCUGCCCACAGCUUCUGGGUGGCCUGCAUGAUUAGGGCCAGGGGUCCAGCUUCUGCUUCCCCUGCAACUUUUGGCUAAUGCUCAACCUAACUUUACAAGCAUGAACUGGGAUUUCUCCUUACUUUACUAUCUCUUUAUUAAGAAACCAAGAUUCAAAUAAUCUGAAACAAACUUGAAGGCAAAUAACCUCCAGGAGAAAUUUUACAGGAAAUCUAAAUCUUGAGCCACAAACAUGUCUUUCUUUGGUAUCUUCCCAUCUGUAUCCCCUGCUCGGCUUUAAUGAGAAACCCUGUUUCUUUCUUGCUCCUACUUGACUUUAGGGUCCACCCCCGUGGCUACUGCACCCUGAGCACUGCCCUUGGAGCCCUGGUUCCAGGAUGUGGGAGUCAUGGUCCUGGAGCCUCUUUCUAAAGCCAGCACUAGAACCAGAGACCUGCAAGUCCACUCAGUUGUCUCUCCCUCAGCCCCACCUUGGGAACAGUGAUAAAAGGGUGCAGGAUCCCCAUGGUUCCUACAUUCAGCUGCUCUACCCUUUGUAUCUUUCCAAAGCAGCUUUUUCUUUACAUCACAGCUCCAUAGCAAAGAUGAGUUUCUUUUGGAGAAUUUUUUUUUGACUGCCCUCUUCUCAGUUUCAGUUUAAACUUAGUAGAAUGUUAGGUUGCCUGCUAACAGGAGAUAGAACCUGGAUUCUGGCCAAAUAUGCCUCAGAAUCAGAAAGUUUAAGGUGAGUGUUAACUCAGGCAAUUCAAUGAUAGAUUAAGCAGUCUCCACCCCCCACCACAAGCCCGGUGAAGAGAAGCAAAGCAGCGUUUGGUGGGUGCCCAUGUCCUUGGCCUGGCAUCAUCGUGCUUCCUGCCUUCCAACCCCCAUAGCACCUGACAGCACUGUGUUUUGUGACGGAGCCUUUUUUCUAUCCUUCUCGGUUGUGAUUUUGAGCUAACAAGCUCAUGCAGACCAUCUGCUCCCCAAAGCCACUGAGGACUCUCUCGCUUCAUGGGCAAGGGGUAGGGUUGGUUAGCACUCUGCUGACAGAACUUAAAGGCAUGAAUAUAUUUGAGAUUCGGGAGUUCCGUUCAUUUGGAUGAGUCGCGUCAGUGUAUAAGAAGGUCAGCGGGAAGCACCGUGAUCCUGGAGGUUCCUGUUUUCCCUGCAGUGGGGUCCCCAGUGCCCUGUGCCUGUUUCCAUUUUCCUCUCUCGGAAAAGCAGAGAUAAGUGGUUUCUUGACUCCUAGACACCUCCUCACCAGAGAAAGAACCCAAUCAGGGUAGGAAAAGAACUAGAAAAGUCCUUAGAUACUCUCCUUUGUCCAGUCCUCCACUCCAUACAGAAGCAGAAACGGAUGAGCAGUGAAAGGUGGGCCUGUGACUGACUGAAGUGCUUGAGGAACCACGAGGGUCACGUAGGCACCGCCCUUCGCCCUGGAUGUUCUGGGUCGAAGAGAACAAGUUUCAACUGGCUUAAGAAUUAGAGCAGACUUGGGGUACCUUUGAAUUGCUCAAAGUCCAAAUCUCUGGGAUUCUAUGGGGUCCCCUGGGUCACAAUACUUUCCAGUUGCUAUUUCAUUGUCCCCAGGCUUUCUGACUUGGGUACAGAGAGUGUCGUUGAGAAGUGAGGCUAUUUCUCUUAAUUCUUCUUCAUGACCUUAAAAUGGCAGUUGGCCAGGUGGGGGCCUGCGGGAAGGACUGGACCUGAGCCGUUAGGCUGAGUGUUAAGUGUGAAGGUAGACAAGGAGGUCAGCUCUGCUGGGCAGGCCGCACUCACUUCCCGUGACCCUUAGACCCUGACAGACAGUCGUUCUGAAAUAAGGCAUCUUCCUGACGUCUGGAGAGACAGUUUAGGGCACUGUCUUGCGUCUUCAUCCCAUUAACCCUAGAAAUCUUCUGGUUAAAGUGAUUCCUUAUCCCAAAUCUGGCCAGCUGAGGAAGUGGGGAGAAGACACAGGGACUGGGACUGGGGCUGGGGCUCUGUGACCAGCUGGGAUCAGAAGGCAGUUUUCUGUGCUCUCUUUUAGCAUCAGCCAGGUUGACCAGGAUUUUCUCCUUUAGGGGACCUUGGGGCCCCCAUCGUCUUCCCCUCUUGAGCUCUGCCUCCAUGACUGUUGAUUCUGGCCUGUGGAGUGCAGAACUAUAAAUCCACAAAUGCUGCAGCCCAUACAUAAUAAUGUCCGUGUCCAUUUAGACCUUCGCAACCUGGCUGAGAGUAUGUGUGCCCGUGCGCGUGCAUGUGUGUGUAAUGUAGCUCGUACUUGACAAUAUCUGUAUAUAAUAGCUGAUGUAUUCAUACGGGAGUGCAGAAUCAGUGCCUGUGGCAGUUUUCCGUAUUUUAAAUUCAUUGAGUCAGAUUAGUUUUAAGGAAGGGGAAGGGGGGUGUUGCGUAGGAGGAAGGACUCUUAGCAAGAUCAUUCUUUAGGACUAUUAGUCGUGAUUUCCCAAUGAGCCUUUAUGAUGCCCUUUUCAAAUAAAUGUUAAUGUUGUCACCA